AAUACUUCCGUGAAUGUUACCUUCAAACACUGGGUGGAGUUAGUUAACAUUGUUAUCUAUGAGCAACAGCACAUUUGCCAUUGCAUAUCAGCCCUUCUCAAGUAAACAGGUAUAUGAGAUAUUUAUUCUCCUGUGUAAAGAUGGGUGACUUUUACUUCGUUGAACAUGCUGAAAUUGAAGACAUUAAAAUGUCACUAGCCAAUGAAGAUCUGCCAUCAGCUGUUGACAAGAUUAAGGAUUACUUUGCACAGCUAGACAGUGUGGAACUGAAUAUAGCUGUAACAGGAGAGACUGGAUCUGGAAAGUCCACAUUUAUUAAUGCCUUCAGGGGUUUAGGGGAUGAAGAUGAAGGGUCUGCAGCAACUGGUGUUGUUGAAACAACUACAAAACCUGCUGCUUACCCUUAUCCCAAAUUCCCAAAUGUCAAAUUGUGGGAUCUCCCAGGCAUUGGAACCCCCAGAUUCAAAGCCGAUGAAUAUCUCAAACAGGUUAAUUUUAAACAAUAUGAUUUUUUCAUCAUCAUCGCAUCAGCGUUCAGAGAAUGCCAUGUGAAUCUGGCAGCAGAAAUAGAUAAAAUGAAAAAGAAGUUUUAUUUCAUUCGUUCAAAAAUCGACAGCAACAUUGAAGCUGAGAAAAGAAAGAAGACUUUUAAUGAACAACAGACACUGGAUUUAAUUCGAAACGACUGCAUUAAAGGUCUAGAAGAGAUUGGUCUACAGUCUCCUAGUGUCUUCCUGAUCUCUUGCUUUGAACUGAGUCUCUAUGAUUUCAACCACCUUGAGAAGACCAUAGAGCAGGAACUUCCCCAGUACAAGAGAGAUGUACUGAUGCUGGCACUUCCAAACAUCACUCUAGAGAUCAAUGAGAGGAAAAAGAAGUCACUGCAGAAAAACAUCUGGAAGUUGGCUCUGCUUUCUGCCUCAGUUGCAGCUGUGCCAAUACCCAUCUUAAAUGCAGCUGCAUCAAUCAGUGUAGAUGUGACCAUAUUGGUGACAGAGCUAAAAAAAUAUUAUAAUGCCUUUGGUUUGGACCCAGACUCUUUACAGAAACUGUCUGAUAGAUCAGGGAAGUCAGUUAAUGAGCUAAAAUCUGUGUUGAAAUGUCCUCUAAAUGAAGAAAUAACCAAAGAUCUGGUUAUUAAGUUGCUGCCAAAUGCAAGUCUUUUUGCUGUAGAAACAGCAGCAGAAUACUGGCUUGGUUUGAUUCCUUUUCUGGGAUCUCUGGUAGCUGGGUCACUGUCAUUUGGUACUAUUUUCUACAUGCUGAUGCGUUGUCUUAAUGAACUCGCUAAAGAUGCUCGCAAUGUGCUCAUGGCUGCUUUGCAGUCAUCAGUUGAUUAAUGAUUCAAUCUAUUUAAUUAACUAGGCACUGCAGCAUCAUAUUCCCAUUCCCGUAAUUGAAUACAGCUUAUUAUUUAAUUGUUGAUGUCUAAUCAGAUUAAGACAUUCUUUUUACAUAAUAACUUGUGAUUUAUGUUGUUGAUGAUACGGUUUUAAGUCUGACUGAAAGAAACCAGAGUAAAUAAUUAUCUUAAAAGAAAGAAAAAACAACAACAAUGUCGUAUAAUUUCAACCACAAGUUUCCCUUUCACUAAUAAAAAAACAAUAAUGUUAUAUGUUUAUACUGUUGUAUUUGCUGUGCUAUAUAGGGCUGUUGUCCUAAAUAAUGUUGUAGAAUACUUUUUUGUGUGGUUUGGAUCUACUGUUCUAAUGAUGUGGGAAAACAUUUUCAACAAAAAAAAAAAUGAAUAAAUAAAUACAAUUCUUCAUUA